GUGGAUCGGGGCGAGCUGGAGCAGCUGCGCCAGGAGAAGAGCCGCUUCGCGCAGCGCAUGCAGCAGCUGCUGUCGGAGAGGCAGAAGGAUGCAGCAGCACUCAGGGAUAGUGAAGCUAAAAGGAGUGAGCUGGAGGCGGCAGUGAGCAAGCUGCAGCAGGAGGUGAGCAGCAGCAGCACGGAGAAGCACCAGUUGCAGCAGCAAGUGCAGCAGCUGCAGCAGCAGCAGCAGCAGGCGCGACAGCAGGAGCAGCAAGCCGCAGCUGCGAAGCAGCAGCUGCAGCAGGCGCAGGAGGAGCUGCUGCGGGAAAGAAAGUCCAACGAAAUGCUGCGGUCGAGGCUGGGGCAGCAGCAAAAAGGAGCAGCAGCACUAACUCCAGAAGUUGCUGCUGCUGUUGGCCGCGUAAUGCGGCUGGGGGUUGUGUCUUCUGCUGCAGCGCAGCAGGCGCUGCAUGCAGUUAAAACAGCAGCAGCAGCAGCACACGACGAGGGCAGGAAGCAGGCUUUGAAAGAUGCUGCUGCUGCUGCUGCUCACCAGGAGAUUGCUGCGCUGCAGCAGCAGCGCCAGCAGCAAGAUAAGGAGCUCGCUGGCGUGCGCCAGGUGCUGCAGCAACAAACGGCGGAAAACCAGGUGCUGCAGAAGCAGCUCGCAGAGCAGCAGCUGCUGCUGCAGCAGCAAGCUGCGGCUGCGGAAAUGGAGCAGCACAACUUGCUGGCGCAGCUGCGCCGCACUCAAGAGGACCUCAGGAAAACCCAGCAGCAGCAGCAGCAGCAGCAGCGGCAGCUAGAGCAGCAGCAGCAAAAGCAGCAGCAGCUGCUGGAGGGGCAAGGUGCAGUAGAAGCUUCAAUGCUCUUGAUGCUGCAGCAGCAAGAGCAGCAGCAGCAGCAGCAGCAGCGGAAGGCAGCCAUGUCAAAGCGCGUAGUGCGCGGGCAGCUGCUGCAGCAGCAGCAGAGACCAGGGAAAGUGCUGAAGCUGCAAAAGACAGGUGACGUCAGUGCUGCGACAGCAACAGCAGCAGCAGCAGCACCAGACGCAGCAGAAGCAGCAGAAGCAGCUGCAGCCGCUGGUGAACAGGAGCAGCAGCAGCCAGCGGAAGAGCAGCAGCAGCAGCAGCAGCAGGAGGGCGAGCCCACUGGCGAGUCCCAGCAGCAGCCGCAGCAGCCGAGCGAAGCAGAGGAAGAGCAGCAGCAGCAGCAGCAGGAGGAAGACGAGCAGCAGCAGCAGCAGCAACACGAAGAAGUGCAAGAAGAUGAACAGACACACGACUCUGACCUGCAGCUGCCAGACACAAGCAGCACCCCUCAAGACAUGGGGGAGGAAGCAGCAGCAGACGCUGCUGCAGCAGCAGCUGCUGCUGCAGCUGAAGAGCAGCAAGAGCAGCAGGAGAUGCUCACCGAGCAGCAGCACCAGCAGCACGAAGAGCAGCAGCAAGACGAAGAUGACGAACACGACGAGGAGCAGCAGCAGGAGGAGCAGCAGCAACACGAAGAGCAACAGCAGCCAGAGGAGCAGCAGCACCAAGAAGAGCACCAGCAGCAAGAAGAGCAGCAGCAACAUGAAGAGCAGCAGCAGCAUGAAGAGCAACAGCAACAGCAUGAAGAGCAGCAGCAGCAGCAGGAAGAGCAGCAGCAGCCGCAGGAAGAGCAGCAGCAGCCGCAGGAAGAGCAGCAGCAGCAGCAGGAAGAACAGCAGCAACAGCAGGAAGAACAGCAGCAACAGCAGGAAGAACAACAGCAACAACAGGAAGAACAGCCGCAGGAGGAAGAGCAACAGCAAGCUGAAGAGCAGCAGCAGCAGCAGCAGGAAGAGCAGCCGUCUCCAAUGGAAGACGUCAGUGAGGAGUCGCCGCAGCAGCAGCAGCAGCAAGAGGGGGAGCAAGAAGAGCAGCAGCAGGAAGAGGAGCAGCAGCAAGACAUGUAUUCUUUAAUGGAGGAAGAUGAUCAGCAGCAGCAGCAACCUGACUCUGCCUCACCAGCAGCAGCAGCACCGGAGCCCCCCACAGCGCUUGACUCUGCCUCGGCGGAAGAGCAGCAGCAGCAGCAGCAGCAGCAGCCGCAGCAGCAGCAGCAAACUGACGAUGAGGGGCCUGAAGAGCUC